AUGGCUCUCCGUGACGUAACUCGGCUCUGCGCGCGAUGUCGCAUCCAAGCCUCACAAGCCCUACCUUUGAGCAGAACAUCAAUCCGUCCAGCGCACAGCAUCGCAUCCUCUCCUAUCAGCAGCUUCAACAAGACAUUACCGCAAUCAUACCGAAGCGCAGCAUUCUUCUCCAGCAGCUCCACAGCAUCCGCCUCGACACCCGAGUCCGAAUCCGAAACCUCCAACACCUCCAACCCAUCACCACCCACCCACUACGAAAUCUUCCCCGAAACCCUCCCCCUCGGGCCCCCUCCCACCGGCCACUUCCCCAUAAACACCCGCGCCCUCCGCCGCGAAUUCCUCGCCCUCCAGGCCCGCCACCACCCGGACCGCCACCCCCAGCAAGGCCCCCUCAAGCUCCGCGCCGAAGCAACCUCGGCCCUCAUCAACGAGGCCUACAAAACCCUCGCCAACCCGCUCCUCCGCGCGCAGUACCUCCUCUCCCUGCGCGGCGUCGACGUCGCCACCGACGAGACCAUGCAGGUCGACGACCCGAGCCUGCUCAUGGUCGUGCUCGAGGCCCACGAGGAAAUCUCCGACGCCACCGCCGCCGAGGACUUGGAGGAGCUGCAGGCCGUCAACGACAAGCGCAUUCGGGAGAGCGAGGAUGUGCUGGAGAGAGCAUUUCACGAGGAUGAUGUGAUGGCGGCGAAGAAGGAGGCUGUGCGGUUACGGUAUUGGGUUAAUAUCAAGCAGAGCUUGGAUGAUUGGGAGGAGGGCAAGCCGGUGGUGUUGCAGCAUUGA